CGAAAUUGUGGUUGUCGUAGUAAAUUAUAAACAAUAUUGGCAACUUUACUCUUACUUCAUGCCAAGGAGUACGUUCAUUGUCCACUGAACAUACUAGACAUGGAUCACCGCUUGCUGUUACACAAAAAGUGUUUUGUUAUAUCAUGUGAUUAAACAUAUUGCAAACAUAUAAAAAAUCCUUAAUGGCCGGGAGCUAUGUUCAUGUUGAUAGUUUUUGUUGAGACACGCUUAAUUCCCAAAAUAAUGGUAACUCCCCUUCCAAAUAUUUAUGCCAUAAAGUGCGUUCAGUGCACAGUUUAUUAUAAUGUGUCCUCGACUGAAUAUACCUACUAGCGAUUGAGAGCAGCUUAAUGCCAGCUGUCAACCGUUACACUUGACUGAUUUCAAAAUAAAAACAAACCCUCUAAUGGUCAUUGGCUAUCCCCGAAGUUGCGUUUAUGUGGACAUUAGUUAAAGGUCCCAUGCAAUGGUGGUGGCGUGUCUCUGCAAAUUGUAUUAACAAAAUAAAAACGUAAUUAAAAAGUAAAUUAAAACCAAUAAAAUAAUAUCAAAAACUGUGUGAAAAUGACGGACAAAAACGAAUAUGGUGCAAAAAAGUUAAAUUUAGCUGAUUUGUCCAAAAUACCGGCAAAUGAGUUUGAACAACACUUUCAUGAGUGGAUGGAACGAGAUGAUGUUGCGCGGGCUUUACAAGCCAAGCUACGAUGUGAUUUAAUACAAAAUUUUAAUAAAACCAAUCUAGGAAAACAAAUACAGGCUCACACCAUGUCAACAUGUGGCGGAUCAACAUAUCGUUUAACCUUGUCACCAUUAAUUUUGGCGUUAAAUACCCUUGUAGCCGAAUUUCUCUAUGCCCAGAAUUGUCAUUUCACGCUUUCGGUAUUUUGUACCGAAGUACCUUUCCGCAAUACUCUACCCGAUUUCGAAAGUAUGCGCCAUUAUCGUUUUAAUGAAAGAGAAAUUAAUGAGAUUUGGGAGGCUGUAACAGGAACAUUGCCGGCAAAAAGAUGCUUGGAUUCGGCAAUACUUGAGGAAUAUGAAACUGAUGCUAGCAACUCUUUAUUAUUGUUGAUCUUGAAAAGUCUGCUCAAAAUGAAACCUCAAGAAAUGCUGCAUAGGACCGUUGAAAUACAAACAGAAGACAAUACCCCAUACCAGCAAAAACAAUCCAUUUCCGUGCAAGCCACAGCCGUACCUCCAUCUCCUAAUAAAUCUAAAGGAAAAAGUCCAGAUAAUUUACGUCAUAUCAAUAAAUAUCUUUUGAUACUUUCACAAAAAGUAAAUGAAAUGACCCGGGAAUUUGAAAUGCUAGUCAGACAGAAAAAUCUUCAAAAACCUCAGAAGUCAAAAAGCGCAAGAUCAAGAGAUUUCUUAACUUUAAAUAAAAGUCUGGAGCGAAUCAAUGAAAAUGUUAAACAAUUAACAAAAUCUAAAACCAAAAGCCGACGUUUAACAAAUGUUGUUGAGUCAAUAGAUAAUUUAACAAAACAAUUUAGUAAAUGUGCUGAGAGUUUUGGUCAAGUAACUAGGGAAUUGACUAAAAAGGAAAGGCAAAAUGUUAUGGCUGCUAGACUCGAGAAGACAGACUCUAGAGAAAAACAAACUGAAACUGUAGCUCAGGAAAAAACAUACGCAGAAUGGAUUGAGGAGAUGCGUACAACGGAAAAUGGGAGGAAGUUUUUGGAAAGGGUCGAACAUUCUUUGUCAAAGGCAGUGGCUAAACAUAAGGAGCAGUGGCAAAAUGAAAACGAAAUCAAAAUGAAGCAAAUGAAGAGUUUAAUAAAAUUGCAUUACAAACAGAAAAUGCUGGCGCUUUUAUCAAGACAAAGUUCUGAGGAACAAACAAAUGAGGCUCGGAAGCUAAAUGAAACCAUAGAAAUGAAAUUGAAAAACUUUGAAACAAAACAAAUGGAAUUACUGGAGAAAUUGCAAGAGUCCUCAUUUGAGUUGCAGGAGGCUCAGAGAGUGUUGCAAGAAAAAGUGCAGCAAAAGGAGGUGGAAAUCGAAGUAACUAAAAAGCAAGUAAAUGAUCAAGACAAUGAUAUGCACUUGAAAAAUAAUGAGUGCAGGAAUCUAAAUCAAUCUACCCAUUACUUGAACAAUAAUACAAAUUCCAAUGAAGUUAAGGAGGUUAAUAUCACCAGGACAUUGGAUAUUUCAGAAGAGAACUUUACAACUCCCAGGGAUCAAAAAGUCGAAUACAUUAUUAAUGAGGCCAAAAUCCGUUUAAAGCAACUAGAAACUGAAAGCAAUUGCUUGGAAAAACACUUUCAAAAUUAUCUGGAACGGCGUCGAAAGGAAAACCAAUCUCGAGAAGAUGCCACAUCUCAACUAAUACAACAGAGUCAAAGAAAAACUUCUGAAAUAUUGAGUAAAAUUGGAUCAAAGCCGACUUCCAGAGCUCUUGAUAGGCGACGACAAUUCAGUUCCCAAAGUAAAUCGUUACCUAUCCAAGAAGAUUUUGAUUUGGAUGAGGAAUUCAUGCAACUCAAGGAAAAACUUACAACAACUCAGGUUAAUGUUGAAAUGACACCCAAAGAAAAUUCUCCAGUGGCUGAAUUGAAAAAUGCCAUUCUGGAUGCCAAAAAUAAAUUCUUUGAAAAUGAACAACUGUUUCGGGAACGCAAGGAAAGAGAAUUAAUAAAGGAAUCAAUUUCCAAUGGCAGAUAUGAAGAUGGCGUUGGUACUCCAGCCAAUUUAUGGAACUUCAGUACGGAUUUGGAAACUCAAUUGGAUGUGCCCAAGGGUAUUGAAAGGGAACAAAUAAUUGUUUUUAAUAUAAACACUAAAAGGGAAAACGAUUUGGCAAAGUCUGAGGAUUCUCUACGUAAACCUAAAUCCGACAAUGUAUAUAAAGAAGAACAAAUUGUGGAAAAUAAAUCGAAACUCCUAGACAAAAAAUCUCCACGCCGAGAAUUGUUUCCCAGCAAAGAACCAGCUAUAUAUUUUGAAGAAAAUAUGCCUCGAAGAAGUUCCUUACCAACUGUUAAUACAAAUUUAAGACAAACUUUAAAGGAUUUAAAGACCUACACACAAAGUUUAGAACAGAAAAAAGACAAAUCUGAAGAGAGCAGUGAAGAGUUAAUAAAACAAUCCAUGGCCAAAAUGAAAGAACUUUUUGAGGAAAUUGUAAAAGCCAAGGCAAAAUUGGGAGAUGUUUUAGAAAAUACUAAAAAUACUAUUAAAAAUAAUGACAACAUUGGUGUGUCCGCAGUUGGCGAAAGGACUUUGGACACCUUGGAUUUAAAUCUAACAAAUACCACUACUACAACAACACAUACAACCACAAUGACAUCUACUUCAGCAGUUUCGUUGGAGGAAAGUAAUUUUAAUGAAAAUUUAAAUACGAACAUGACAAGCACAUCGCCACAAGAAACGCCGGAGACUCAAUUGAAUAUGCCGCAAAUGAAACAAAUAGCAUUUAAUACAAAUAAUAAAGUAAUCCCUUUGCCUCUUCAGCUUACAAGUGAUAGCGAGGAUGAUAGUCUAAAAUUGAACAGCAAAGAAAAUCAAGACUCAGCUGCUGGCAUCAGUGAGAUUUCAAGUGAUGAAGAUAUUAUAAUGCCUAAUGGUAAAAAUAUAGCGAAAAUGUCAUUUUCAACCAAAGCCCCGGAUGGCAGUAUAGAAAUUGGUGAAGCAAUAAGUGAAACACAACCGGAGUUUAUAUCAUUGCCUCGUUUAAACAGCACCAGUGAAAGUUCCGAAAGCACAGAUCCAGCAUUAGUCAUGCCCAUGGAUAGAAUGGGAACUAACAAGAAAGCACCAAAUAGUUCAAAUGAUGAAAGUGAAGGAGAUUUUUGGGCCUAGAAGUGGCUUACCAAACAUUUUUGUGAAUGGGUUAAUUUUGUUAAAAUAAAAUGCAUUUAUAUUUUAUAGAAAAAAUAAUA